GAUUCAAUUCAAUAUUGUGUCAACUUUUGCUUUCGCGCAGAAGUAUAAACAUCAGAGCUAGGAGGGAUUUGUACUCACAUACGCCUCAACGUCGCAAAAUGACGGACAGAUUCACACAGAAUUGUUAUGCGUGGUUUAAUGGUGGUGUGGAGACGAUACAGCCGCCGAAUUAUUUUCCUUGUGGUACUGUUAAUAGUACUUCGGUAUGAUGAUUCCAUAAUCACAUAGAUUCAUACGCGGAGAAUAUAUAUACUAAUGAGAAAAUAGGAUUUCCUAACAUGUUGCAUGGAGUUUGAUACCUGUGUUGGAAGUAACAUCUGCAAAUCAUCAUCUGGGUUGUCCAGUGAGGCGGAAUGUAAGUUCUAGGACAUCAUAAAAGCGAGAAAGAGUGCCAAUUGCUCAAUGCUGAUGAACCACGUGCAGAUUAUCUUGGAUAUUGCAAUGAUCCCACAUAUACCGCUUCAGUUUGCCCCAAACAAUGUGGUAAGUCGACUCGUUACGAAUCCCGAUUCGGCACGUGUAUCCCCAACUAAAGUUGAUCCCUCAUACAGUCGAUCUAGAAACUAAUGGCGGUGGCUCUCUCGGUAUUGUAUACAACGAGACAUCCAGUGAAUGGACUUGCUGUAGCGAUACCACAUGCAAGAGCCUCAGUGACCAAGUAUUCAAAGCUCCUGAUCCAUCCUCUUUAUCGGUGAUAGCUUCGCCGACUUCUAGACCUUAUUCUACCUUCUCCACGUCAUCAGCUUCUCCCUCGAGUACUUCAUCUUCGUCGGCAAUGACAUCUUCUUCCUCAGGAGCCUCGUUGAUGAUAGGAUCUUCAACCGCAUCAACUACAACGCCAACGUCCUCCCCUUCCUCGUCCCCUUCAUCCUCAAAGCUAAGCGCCGGCGCCGCGGCAGGAAUAGGCGUGGCGGCCGCAGUGUUCGUAGCUCUUUUAGGCCUUCUAGCAUAUUUUAUUCUGCGCUCACGGAGACUCAAUCGAAAAUCAAAUCAGGAGAUGAAAGAGCAAUACACGAAGCCGGAACUGUCAGCUGAAAUGGGAAGUAGAGGAAGUCAAGGAAUUGAUAUAGUACCUAUAGAACAUCAUGCAGCAAAUGCCAGGAUAGAGAUGGGCGGUGGUGAGAUUCCGGAAAUGGGGGAUCGGAGGAACCAGGCUUGGGAACUGCCGGAGAGAGGAAGAGCUGUGGAGCUGGGUUGAGAGGAACCUGAACCUCAAAUUGAAGGUUAGAAAUACUAGCUGAAAAGUUACUUGAGAAUUGUCAUAGUAGUAACUUCGGAAAACACCGCUCUUACGCGGAUGAAGUAUUUCUUCAAUGCGAAUUUCCCUCCCGUCUCGAAAUGAGCAUAAC